AUGUCCUCCUCUACCAAGUCUUUUGCGCCGCCCAAGGAUUUCCUAUCCUAUCCAGACAUUGACGAGAUUAUUUCGCCCGAAUACAAGCCUCGCAAGGACGCCAAUCCCGUCCUAUCUGGCUUGCCGCUCGUCAUCGCUUCUAGUCUUUUGACGCACUCAUCCUUUUUGGCCAAAAUCUUUUACAACAAUGCAGGCUUGCAAAAGAUUAAAGACCUACCUUUUCUCGACGAUGUACCCUAUACCUUUCACCCUCUUGUCAUUCCCCUCGGUGACAAUGCGCCUAUGGUUGAGCUAGGCGAAGCACAGCUCAAUCCCCCAAAUAGAGGAGACACGCAUCACUAUACCGCCAGCGACUACCAUGCCAUGUACAAGUCGGGCCAAGUCACCCCCUUGCAAGUCGUCACACUUCUUCUCUCUCUUACUAGCAAAUACGCCAAGGAGCCCUCCGUAUACCAAGACGCUUGGGCUGACUCGCACGGUGCGGAUCACAUCGUUCUCGAGGCCGCCACGGCGUCUACUGAGCGAUGGGCCGCGGGCCAGCCGCUCGGCAUACUGGAUGGUGUUCCGAUUGGUGUCAAAGAUGACCUUCCCGUGAAGGGCUACAUUGAUCACGACGGAAUGGCCUACAAAAAAGGUGUGCCUUUCUUUAGCCCAGCGGAAGUGACUGUAUGGCCUGUACAAGCCCUUCAAGAUGCCGGUGCCGUCGUCAUUGGAAAGAACAGAAUGCAUGAGCUGGGUUCGGAUACCAAUGGCUUGAAUCCUCACCAAGGAACUCCUACGAAUCACCUCAAUAACCAGUACUACCCCGGCGGUUCGUCAUCCGGCGCCGGCUCUUCCCUCGGCGCAGGAAUCAUCCCCGUUGCCGUCGGUACCGACGCCGGCGGCAGCGUGCGCUUCCCGGCCGUCUACAACGGCGUAUACGGUCUGAAGCCGACGCACCACCGCACCUUCGAAUUGAACAGCACCAUGUGCGUCGUUGGGCCCAUGGCCGCCAACGUCGCCGACCUGACCAUUGCCUACCGCGUCAUGUCGCAGCCCGACCCCCAGACGUCCAUUCAGAGCAAGUUUGCCGUGUCGCGGCCUCCCGCCGCCGGCAGCACAAGGUACAUUGGCGUCGACCGCGCGUGGUGGGGUGCGUCGGAUCCCCGCGUCAUCAGCGCGUGCAACAAGGCCCUCGAUCACUUUACCUCGCAGGGCUACGAGCUGGUCGACAUUACCAUUCCGUACAUUGACGAAGCGCAGACGGCGCACGGAGGCGUCACCAUUGCCGAGAUGACAGAGACUGCGCGCCGCCGGGGCGGCGGCGGUUCGAGCUGGACAAGCCUCAUCGGUCCCGUCAACAAGCUCGUCCUCGCCCUGGGCCUCGAGACCAACGCCGCCGAUCUCCUCAAGUUCAACUCGAUGCGGACGCUCAUCAUGCGCCACAUGGCCUGGCUGUUCCAGAAAUACCCCGGCCUGCUCGUCCUGACGCCCACGGCCCCGUUCCUCGGGUGGGAGAAGAAGCCGUCGCACGCCAAGCACGGCGUCAGCGACGGCGACAAGACGUUCCUCAGCAUGAUUUACGUGUUCCUCGCCAACCUGGCUGGUCUACCGGCGCUGACGGCGCCCGUCGCCUACGUCGACCCCGACCAGGGCGAGGGCAGGGUGUGCGUCGGCAUGAUGGCCACGGGUGAAUGGGGCGCCGAGGAGGCUUUGCUCGCCUGGGCGGCCGACGCAGAAACAUAUCUGCACGAAGUCUAUCCCGAAGGCCGUAGAAGGCCCAAUACGUGGGUCGACGUGCUGGGCCUGGCUGCACAGCAAGGCGCAGCCCAGAGCAACGGUCAAAUCUAG